ACCUGAGUAAUAAAUGUACUUGUAACGAAUACUUUUCACCUUUAAAGAGCCUGUAGCUGGGAGGUUAGGUAUGUUGAGCAGUAAACAGUGCGCUGGCCCUUUAACAAAAGUUCCAGUGCGUGGCCCUGCAGAGUUUAGGAGAAGAGUGCAGGACAGAGGAGAGAGCUGGAGCUGGAAGAGCUGAAGGGUUUCAUCACAGACAACACUGACAUUAAUGAGUUUCACGAUUGAUGGAAGUCGUUUAUAAGCGCCUGUUUGUGUGGGCACGGUGGAGCCGCUCUUCCCGUGGGUGAAUAACAGGAUGGCGAACGGUGCUUAGCAAGUUAUAGACAACUCGGAGCUGAAACUGAGGUUUUACCGCUCUAACUCCAGCAGAGCGCCUCUGUCUUCUUCUCAAAGUCAUGUUGUGCCCUGUAGCCCACCCAGGCCUCCUGAAGUCUGAAGAACAUCUGUAUGACUGCAGCUCCUCUGACUGUGGAAGAAGCACCUGUUGCUGUUGCUUCUGCUGCUCCUGGUGAACCAAACAGCCUAUCUGGUGGAUAUAUCUUACCAAGAUGAAGGUUACAGUAACUUUUGGACGGACCGGUGUGGUCGUGCCAUGCAAGGAAGGCUGGACAGUCCGGGACCUUAUUCAGCAAGCCACACUAAGAUACAGGAAACUACUUGAACAGGAGGGGGACUUCCUGGUGAGAACCCACCAUGUGGAGUACUGUGAUGGGGGAAUUCUGGAUCCUGAUGAUGUGCUCUCUGACCUGGUGGAAGAUAAAGACAAGCUGAUCGCUGUGUACGAGGAGCAGGAGGCCCAGCAGAGGGGGGCAGUGAGUCCCGUGGGCAGCAGUACUGGUGCCAGUAGUACUCAUGCCAAUGGCAGCAGCAGCAGUGGCGGCGGCGGGACAGGACGCCUCAGCCCUGAGCCCUACGACUCGGAAUUGGCCUGCUUUCAGCCAAUCAGAGGCGGCGAGAUUGAAGUCAACUCCUCCAUCCUUAAAUCCAGCACUCCUUUGAUGGUGAGGAGCAGCAGUGACCCUGCGCUGGGAACUCCAGGAGAUGCUGGACAGCACAGUGAGGACCUGACCAUCAGAUCCACUACCGACAUGGACCACCACCACUUGACAGAAGUCUCCAGCAGCAAAGCCUCCCACUUCUCUCUCAACAGCUUAACAAAGACGGUGGAGAUUUCUGGAGAACAUGGGCCACUUGGGAUUCACGUAGUGCCAUACUGCUCCUCUCUGAGUGGAAGGGCUUUAGGGCUGCACAUCAGGGGUGUGGAAGAGAACAGCCGCUCCAAAAGAGAAGGCAUCUUCCAUGAUGACGAGUGCAUCGUUAGAAUCAAUGACACUGAGCUCAUGGACAAGACCUUCUCACAGUCGCAGGAGGUGUUCAGACAGGCCAUGCGGUCGCCCGUCGUCCGCUUAGAAGUUCUUCCAGUAGCUAAUAAAGAGCGCUAUGAGAAGAGCCUCAUCUCUCAUCUGUACAGCUCUGAGAACCAUGAAGCUUCUUUCUGGACCAAAGAUCCUCCUCCACUGAAGGUGAAGUCCAUGUUGAGGCCUGUGGAAGCCUCGUCCUCAGGCAGGCAGGCUGAGCCCCAGGAGAGCAGCAGUAGUGCGGAGAGCCGAUCUUUGGGUUCUCCUCUACCCCUCAGUCUCUCGCCCACCCCCCGCAGCAAGAGCAGCGACAGCCCCCUCCUCAGAAAGAGCCACACACUCUCUCCUCUCGCCGGCUUCGCCAACAAGAAGGGUGGGAAGAGGCUUAAAAUUGACUUGAAGAAAGGUCCAGAAGGCCUGGGUUUCACUGUGGUAACUCGAGACUCUUCAGUGCAUGGACCUGGCCCCAUCCUCGUCAAAAACAUCCUCCCCAGAGGAGCCGCUGUCAAAGAUGGCCGCUUGCAGUCCGGUGACCGGAUCUUAGAGGUGAAUGGAGUGGACAUCACAGGCCGGACACAGGAAGAGCUAGUGGCCAUGCUGCGCAGCACUAAGCAGGGAGACAGUGUGUGUCUGGUGGUGGCCAGACAGGAGGAGAUGUUCCUGCCACGAGAGCUGAAGGAGGAAGCAGUACGGGCUGUUCUUUCUGAAGAGGGGAAGGAGCAGCUGAUGUUUGAGGUGCCUCUGAAUGACUCUGGCUCAGCUGGACUGGGUGUUAGCCUUAAGGGCAACAAAUCCCGCGAGACUGGAGAAGACCUGGGCAUUUUCAUCAAGUCCAUCAUCCAUGGAGGAGCUGCCUAUAAGGAUGGUCGACUGCGUGUCAAUGACCAGCUGAUUGCAGUGAACGGAGAGCCACUCUUGGGGAAGUCCAACCACGAGGCGAUGGAGACGCUGCGGAGGUCCAUGUCCAUGGAGGGGAAUCUGAGAGGGAUGAUCCAGCUUGUGGUGCUCAGAGGUCUGCUGCCAUCCAGUCAGGAGUACCCAGACACACGGAGGAUUCUCAAUCGAUCGUUUGAUAGCUGUGUAGGGCAGGUCGGGCUGCUCAGCCAUUCAGACAGCCUGCUGCAGCCCCCCAUGGUGAUGAACAGUAUUUACGAGCGAGCUGCUGUUCCAAAUGGGGGUUAUGGUGAAGAUGAGGCUCUGAGUCCCUACAGGCACGAUGGAGGCUUGAAUGGAGGCAUGAACCAUCACCCCCAUCAGAGUUUGGAGUGGGACUCGGGCUCACGCUCUCCUGAAAGCCCUCUGACUGCUGGAAGUCCACAGGGUUCUAUUAUUGAACAUAAUCAUGUCAAGUCUUCCAAGAGCAUGGACCUAGUUGCAGAUGAAAGCAGAGUGGGCGCCCUGGCGGGGCAGAAGUCAGUGCUGGCUGGUGUGGAGCUGGGUCCUACGCUGGGCCUAAAGAAGUCCAGUUCUUUGGAGAGCCUGCAGACAGCUGUGAUCGAGGCCCAGAAGAACGACCUGCUACCCUUCCACAGACCUCGUCCGCACAUGGUGAGGGGUCGCGGCUGCAACGAGAGCUUCCGAGCUGCCAUCGAUAAAUCUUACGAUGGCCCACCUGAGGAUGAUGAUGAUGAUGGAUCAGAGGUGAGCUCAGGACGAGACACUCCAGCCAGUGGCUCCUCGCGGCAGGGCCUCGGGGACGGAGACGAGAGCAAGAAAGACAAGAAGAAGAAAGCCAAAGGGAAGAAGAAAGACAAGUUGAAAAGCAAAGGGAAGGACAAGGAUAAGAAGAAAGCAGAGGAGUCCAGUGAAGAGCCAGAUAAGAAGACAAAGAAAAAGGGAUUUGGGCUCCUGAGGUUUGGAAAGAAGAAGGAAGAGAAAAGUAAAGGAGAGACUAAGCUGAAUAUGUCCAAGCAAUCUUCAGAAAUACUGAGUGAGGAAGAGUUGGAGAGGAUGAAAGAAGAGCGAGAAAGGAUUGAAGCUAAGCAUCAGGAGCUGAGAGACCGUCAGGCUCGAGAUCGUUUUGCUCCUCCUGAUGUGGAGGAUGAUGAUGCGGACCCCAACUACGCCCGUAUCAACAACUUUAGAGACCGCGUGAGCCCGUCUCAGCCUCUUUAUGGGAACCACAGCCCAUCUCCACAGCGACCGACACAGCCGCCCUCUCACAGCCCAGAACCAUCCGCAGAAGACCCUCUCAGCGGCCUUUACGCUAAAGUCAACAAAAGAGGUCCACCACCACAUGCAGCAGACAGCAGUAUGGAUCGGAUCCAGCAGUUGAGGAGAGAGUAUCAGCAGGCUCGGAGAGAGGGGGCUGCUCCUGCGUAUGAGGAGAUAGAGUCCCGGCGGCGAGGCGCUGAGUACGACCCACACCGGAUGCCACUGAGGAAUCCAGACCCUAGGCUGGCACCCCGCUACGAAGAUGUGGAGCGCCAGUACGCCUCCCUGCCCAGAAGGGGUCCAGUGGAACCUGAAGAAUAUCCAGGGCAGUCCUGGACUGGACACAGGGACCCUCCUGCCCACUAUCCAGGCUCACAAUCAGCCUACCAUCCCAAUUACCCAACUCGCCCACUGGACCCUCGACCAGGAGACCCAGGAUUCUACCACCCAACUCCUCAACAAAGAGGACCCCUACGACAAGACGUACCCCCCUCACCCCCUGUGCCUCUACGAGCCCCUCGCUAUGACACCAUGAACCGCGGAGGUUUCAGGAACACCAGCCCAGAGCGCUUUGCCUACACCGAAGGAAGACCCACUGACCCCAGACAGAAGAACGCCAUGACUGCCGCCGUUUAGACACGACCCCACCGUAAAUGCGGUUACCUCACACUGCAGCCUUUCCUGAACAGUUUAUGCACUCAAACGUCUGCUUUCCCUGCUCCUCACCCAAGGUCACAUCUCCGAGUGCUGACAUCACAUUCCUGACUGCUCCGCCAAGAUAAUGUCAAAUGGAGCACAAGUCCUCCUGACCUCCUCUCACCCCUGCCGGCCCAGAAGGGCCGAAAGCUUCUCCAAAUCUGUGGCUCCACCACAAUGGUGGUGGAAUGUACUGUACUGUAUGUAUGAACUUACAUGUGUCUACUUCAAAGCCAAGCUCGACUGUAGAUUAAUGACGAGAUGUCUCCUUCUCCCACGGCGCCGCACGAGGACGUGGUGCCUGAGGGAGCUGUGGCUUGGACGCCUGUCCAGAUGACAGACAGGAUUUAAAGCCAUUCCAGAAAGACUUCCGAAUUCUUUGGCUCAGGCUAGAAUGCACAGUAUGGACAGAAAUGUGAAGCAAGCGGUCAGGAAGAGCAGUGGAAGGCUCACAGUGUAGAUUAUUGUGCUGUUAUAGCUGUGUUUAAAGGAGAACUCUGGUAUAAAGUGCAUUUGGGGUGUACUGAAACAAAAUUACGAGUACUAACCUUUGCAGACAGCAUUCUGGAAUACAGAACUUCUCCAGUUUCUCCAAACAGUUUUUAGAAUGGGUGCUAUAGGGGCAUAUUUUUACCCGCUGCAGAGAAAUCGCUUUUUCACUGUUUCCACUGCUAACAAAAUGAGACAUUAUGAACUUUAAAAGUGCAGAAGUUUAUUUAAAUAGUCUGUUUAUAUCAAGUAGCACUACUUUUUGUUCUCUGGACACCACUAUCUUAAAGUUAAGUCCUGAGAACUAGCUAAGUGCUACUAUUUAAAAAAUCUUCCAACACCAUUUUAAAAGUUCUCAGUGCCUCGUUUUAAAUGUAUAGGCUCUUCGAAUUCUAUUUUGAGCUUGUCAGCAGUGGAAAAAGUAUGCCCCUAUAGCACCUAUUCUAAAACCUGUUUAGAGAAACAAAAAAAAGGUCAAUAUUUUGGAAUGCUGUCUGCAAACUAAGGUUGGAUAUUCAACAAAGGUUAGUACUCCCACUUAUGUUUCAGUGCAUCCAAAGUCCAUUUUACACUAGAGUUCUCCUAGUGUAAAAGCACAUACCAGGGGUCACCAGGCCUGAUCCUGACUAACUAACUUCCUGCAGAUCCCAAAUCAUCCUCAAUCCCAAAUAUAAAACAACCCGUUCAACUGAUCAAACAUUCCUGAAUGCAGUAAUUAGACGCUUUAAGUAGGAUUGACUAGAAGUUGGAGCUGAAAUCUGCUGGAAGGUGGUUCUCCAAGAGCAAGGAUCAAGACUUCUGCCAUAUACAGGACAGCGACAUCACAGCACAUAUCUACUGUCCUGAGGGUGGAAGGAUCUUUUUAGCUUGUGUGUGUUUCCAUAAUCUAUAAGUCACUGCAUGUUUUUAUUAUUUUACAGUACCAUCUUAUUGCAAGCACUAACUUAUGACGAUUACAUUUAUUCAUAUUCAUACAUAUUCAUACAUAUACAUUAUGCUUAUUACUAUU